UGUAAAUUGUGCCUGUGUGUAGGUUGGUGUGAACUCGGUGGGCCGAAGGGUCUGUUUCCAUGCUGUAUCUCAAAACUAAACGUACAAUAGUUACCCUUUUGAAAUAGAUGUGUUUGUGAUUCCUUCAAAUCAGUGCAAUGCUACAGAGUUACUUCUGUGCCUAAAGCCAUUCCAACGGAUACCAGAAAACUCCACCUCGGCCACAACAACAUCAAACAACUGCGGGCAUCUGAUUUUGGUGGACUUAAUGGAAUUGAAGAGCUAGCCAUGUCCUCGUGUGGAAUGGAAGCAACAGAAGCUUACACAUUUUCAACAUUAACAAAUCUGAGAACAUUAGAGUUAUGGAAAAACAAGCUGAGACGCAUUCCCAGUAAACUUCCCUCCAACGUGGAGGUGUUAAAACUGGGUAAUAAUAGAAUUCAGGUCUUGUGUGAAGCAGACUUUGAAGGUUUGGUGAAGUUGAAGGUCCUUGAUCUGCAAAACAAUAGGAUUUCCAGAAUCCAUUCUAGUGUUUUGUCAUCUGCUCUCAGAUUAGAAAGUCUAAUUUUGGAUAGCAAUAGACUUGAUCUGUUAUCAGGACCAUUGAAGCUUGCUUACCUGAAACGUUUAAGCAUGCAAAAUAACAGAAUUGCUUCUCUACCAUUGAAUUUCUUCAGCUUCCUACCAGCACUACGUUUUCUUAGUUUAACAGGAAACUUGUUUUUCAAGAUUCCACAAGGAAUGCCACCAUUAUUAUCGUCCUUAAAAAUGGACAAAAAUUUCAUUCGAGAGUUGCAAAUGCAAGAUUUAAACUAUCUCAAACACCUCUUUGAACUCUCCCUUUCUGAAAAUCAGAUCUUUACAACUAAUAAUGCACUGAGUUUGUCAAACUUAUCCACGGUGGAUCUGUCUAAAAAUCAACUGAGAGCAAUUCCUACUGGUCUCCCAUCACAUCUGCGACUGUUGGAUUGCAGUCACAACCUCAUACAAAAAAUUACACUGCAGGAAUUCUCCGGAGUGUGUGGGCUGAAACACUUGUUCUUGGAGUACAACAACAUUACCAGUAUUGAUCUAGAUGCACUGCAGCACUGUUUACAACUCUCCGACCUAGCACUGGAGCAAAACCACCUGUCAUCUUUCCCAAAAGGGCUCCCUGAUACUCUUGUAAGGCUAGACUUGAAAGGAAAUAACAUAAAGGACAUUUGCAAAGAGUCAGUUAAAAAUCUGAAACGGCUGCAAGUUCUAAACCUGCGAAAUAACAGGUUGUCAUCUCUAGCCCCUGAAGUGUUCGCAUACUUUCCACGGCUCAGGCGACUUUAUUUAGAUGGGAACCCCUGGAACUGUACAUGUGACCUCAUAAAAAUAAGAGAUUUAUUAACUGUGAAACAUUUAGAGAUUAAAAGUGGUGACUGUGCAAGCCCAGCUUAUUAUCAAGGUGAGACCUGGCUAUCUUCCACAAAAAUUCUGAACAGCUGUGGAUAUAAUAUUUGGCAUGGAGUGAAGACAAAAGUAGUUCUUGAAAGUUAUGCAAGAGUAGAACAGAAGCAUGAGAACACAAACAUCAAUGGCCCAACUGACUAUGAAGAUUAUUAUGACUAUGAUACAUAUUGAAAAUCAAUGUCUCGGACACAAAAUAUUUUUAAAUUUUCUAUUGUAUAUCUGACGUGCAAUGGUAACCAAUGUUCCAGUGUAACUUGGAUUUUAUGCUUACAUUUUAAUUUUGUCUUCACGUUGCCUGCUAAAUAGUAUGUAAAUAGUUAAAAUAGAUAAUCAUGAGUCUUCUUUGAUUGUUUUCUCUGUUGACCUAUAGUUUAGAUUUCUGCAUUGUCACUGCAUGCAUAGAUAAGAUUUGUAUGAGCAAUGACCCAACUAUAUACAUGAGCAUAAAACUGAACAGUCAUUUAAAAUGUAAAUUUGGUAUGAUCGGCAGUUUUGCCUCUGGUCUUUUUUUAAAUAGAUGUCUCAGGCAAUUCAUUUUGAUUCAAAUAUUAAUCUUUAAAAAAUGCACAUUUCCAAAUAAGACGAUCACAUGUCUGGAAGCUAAACCAUGCUUUAAAUCAGCGCUGCCUCAAAAUCAAAAAUAUGGAUAACAAGUAGUUUAAUUUAACAUUGAACUAGCAUUAUUGGUCUUCUACCUUUAGAUUGCCAAUAUUGAAUGGAUUACAAAUAUUGAUUAUCAGUUUGCAUUAAUUAUAUUAUUAAUAUCAAAUAUAAUUACAAAGAAUAAAAAUAAGUUCAG